UUUCAUUUAUAUCUUAGCAGUUAUUUCGAUUUUUAUUCGCUUAUUUUCUGUGGUUUUGGAUUGCCUUCAAUUCAUAGCGGGUUCUUGGAAAUUCUUCUGCCUAAUGGACGUGCGGAUUCGCUACACUGUAAUGUUCAAUCCAACAGUGAACGGUAUUUUUAGGUGUGAUGAGACAAAAGAACAAAGGAUGCCGUAGAAGAGAGGCUGCUUACAAGCCGGGAAUCUGCUUCAAAGCACAACAAAUGGAUCUAUCGCCUCCCCCUGCCGCCUCUAGAUAAUGAUACUUGGCUGAAGCUACUACAUCUUUAUGAUCCCUCCUCCAUCUAUGGCGAACUAUAGCCAUGCAGGGGACCACAACAUCUUGCAGAAUGUCUCUCCUCUCGCCACGUUUCUUAAACUGACAUCCCUGGGUUUUAUCAUUGGAGUCGGCGUCGUUGGCAACCUCCUGAUCUCCAUCCUACUGGUCAAAGACAAGAGCCUGCACCGCGCACCGUACUACUUCCUGCUGGACCUGUGCGCCUCGGACAUUCUGCGCUCCGCCAUCUGCUUCCCCUUUGUUUUCACCUCCGUCAAGAAUGGUUCCACCUGGACGUACGGCACGCUUACCUGCAAAGUGAUAGCCUUCCUGGGGGUGCUGUCCUGCUUUCACACAGCGUUCAUGCUCUUCUGUGUGAGUGUGACACGCUACCUGGCCAUAGCCCACCACCGCUUCUACACCAAGAGGCUCACCUUCUGGACGUGUCUGGCAGUCAUCUGCAUGGUGUGGACGUUGUCGGUGGCCAUGGCCUUUCCCCCGGUGCUGGACGUGGGGACGUACUCCUUCAUAAGGGAGGAGGACCAGUGUACGUUCCAGCACCGCUCGUUCAGAGCCAACGACUCCCUGGGCUUCAUGCUGCUCCUCGCCCUGAUCCUUCUGGCCACCCAGCUUGUCUACCUCAAGCUAAUCUUCUUUGUUCAUGACCGCCGGAAGAUGAAACCAGUCCAGUUUGUGCCUGCCGUCAGCCAAAACUGGACCUUCCAUGGCCCUGGGGCCAGCGGCCAAGCAGCGGCUAACUGGCUGGCGGGGUUCGGCAGGGGCCCCACCCCGCCCACCCUGCUGGGGAUCAGGCAGAACAGCAAUGCAGUGGGCCGGCGACGCCUGCUGGUGCUGGAUGAGUUUAAGACUGAAAAGAGGAUAAGUAGGAUGUUCUUCAUCAUGACCUUCUUCUUUCUCACGCUCUGGGGCCCCUAUCUAGUGGCCUGCUAUUGGAGGGUGUUUGCCAGGGGCCCCGCGGUACCAGGGGGGUACUUGACCGCGGCGGUGUGGAUGAGCUUCGCCCAGGCGGGAGUCAACCCCUUUAUCUGCAUCUUCUCCAACAGGGAGCUCCGGCGCUGCUUCAGCACCACUCUCCUUUACUGCAGAAAGUCCAGGUUACCUAGGGAACCCUACUGCGUUAUAUGAAGGCUUGGGUUGUUUUUUUCCUUCCACUCCUUCACUGAUUGACAUCAAUUUGGGUUUUGUCCCAUUGUACAGCUCUCUUUCUCUUCAUCCUCCUGUUUCUCCUCCUCCUCCUCCUUCCCUCUCUUCUGAGGCAGAAGUUGGACUGUCAAUCACUCCCUUGGUUCUGUGAUUGAACAUCAUACAUGGAGGUUGAAGGGAAUGAAUAAGCAGGUAGCUGAGAACCCUUCCUAUGUUUAUGUUCUAGUAAACAACUGCUCUGGAAAGUAAUUUAGAAGCAGAGAAGAACAAAAAAAAUGGUGAAACUACAAAAACAAAGGACUGACCCCUUGCUUUGGAUAUUUUGAAGAUAAUUCAGUGAGGUAAAAGAUUCCGGUGAAAAAAAACAGAAAACUAAGAAAACAUUUCCUCUAAGGAGUCACUGGAAUUGUUUUACAUUUAAAAGUUGCACUAAAAAGAAGAUGUAAAGAUGCUUUUUUGAUCAACGGUUGCAUUGCUAGGUGCAAGGACAACUUGUUUUUCCCUCUAACUUAACAAUGAAUGCUUUAAUUUGCAAAUGACACCCCAUUCGUUGUAUGUAAAGCAAAACAAUGUUGGGUGACUAACUGUUGGAAUACACCUUCACAAGAGGAUUAAAUUGGUUUUAAUGUAAGUGAUAUCUUUUUUUAUU